AUUGCUUUAAACUCUUCUUGCUGGAUCAGAGGCUUUAAAAUCUUUUUUCAUCUUCGAGCUGUAGCUCGGGCUGCUCUUCGGCUCGGCCUCCCCCCUUUUGCUCUCUGCCUCGCCUUUCCCCAGGACUUCGCUAUUUCGCUUUAAAAAAAAAAAAAAAAAAAAAGGCAAGAAAGAACUAAACUCCCCCCUCCCUUUCCUCCAGCCGGGCUGCACCUCUGUCUUGCACUUUGCACGGAGAGCGCGCGCGAGGGAGAGAGAGAGGAAAGAAAAUAAUAAUAACAAUAAUAAUAAGAGCAGGCAGAAGAGAAGGCGAGAAGCAUGAAGUGUUAACUCCCCCGUGCCAAGGCCCGCGCCGCCGGACAGCCGCCCGCCGCGCCUCCAGCCCCGAGCGGCCGCCGCGCGCGCCCCGCCUGCAGCCCGGGCCGGCGAGGCGAGCCCUCCUUAUGCAAAGCGCGCAGCGGAGCGGCGAGCGGGGGACGCCGCGCACCCGGCCGGGCUCCUCCGGCUUCGCCGCCGCCGCCGCCGCCACCGCAGCCCGCGGAGGACCUUCCCGAGCCUGAAGCAGCCGGCUCGGCACGCACGGAGGCGAGCAGGCGAGGAGGGGCCGGGGCGAGCGAGCGAGCACAUUGGCCCCAUCUGGCGGAGCGGCGGCGGCGGCGGCGGCGGCAGGAGAAUGGCAUCAGAACUGGCAAUGAGCAACUCCGACCUGCCCACCAGUCCCCUGGCCAUGGAAUAUGUUAAUGACUUCGAUCUGAUGAAGUUUGAAGUGAAAAAGGAACCGGUGGAGACCGACCGCAUCAUCAGCCAGUGCGGCCGUCUCAUCGCCGGGGGCUCGCUGUCCUCCACCCCCAUGAGCACGCCGUGCAGCUCGGUGCCCCCUUCCCCCAGCUUCUCGGCGCCCAGCCCGGGCUCGGGCAGCGAGCAGAAGGCGCACCUGGAAGACUACUACUGGAUGACCGGCUACCCGCAGCAGCUGAACCCGGAGGCGCUGGGCUUCAGCCCCGAGGACGCGGUCGAGGCGCUCAUCAGCAACAGCCACCAGCUCCAGGGCGGCUUCGAUGGCUACGCGCGCGGGGCGCAGCAGCUGGCCUCGGCAGCCGGGGCCGGCGCCGGCGCCUCCCUGGGCGGCAGCGGCGAGGAGAUGGGCCCCGCCGCCGCCGUGGUGUCCGCCGUGAUCGCCGCGGCCGCCGCGCAGAGCGGCGCGGGCCCGCACUACCACCACCACCACCACCACCACGCCGCCGGCCACCACCACCACCCGACGGCCGGCGCGCCCGGCGCCGCGGGCAGCGCGUCAGCCUCGGCCGGUGGCGCGGGCGGCGCGGGCGGCGGUGGCCCGGCCAGCGCCGGGGGCGGCGGCGGCGGCGGCGGCGGCGGCGGAGGCGGCGGGGGCGCGGCGGGGGCGGGGGGCGCCCUGCACCCGCACCACGCCGCGGGCGGCCUGCACUUCGACGACCGCUUCUCCGACGAGCAGCUGGUGACCAUGUCGGUGCGCGAGCUGAACCGGCAGCUGCGCGGGGUCAGCAAGGAGGAGGUGAUCCGGCUGAAGCAGAAGAGGCGGACCCUGAAAAACCGUGGCUAUGCCCAGUCCUGCCGCUUCAAGAGGGUGCAGCAGAGACACGUCCUGGAGUCCGAGAAGAACCAGCUGCUGCAGCAGGUCGACCACCUCAAGCAGGAGAUCUCCAGGCUGGUGCGCGAGAGGGACGCGUACAAGGAGAAAUACGAGAAGUUGGUGAGCAGCGGCUUCCGAGAAAACGGCUCCAGCAGCGACAACCCGUCCUCUCCCGAGUUUUUCAUAACUGAGCCCACUCGCAAGUUGGAGCCAUCAGUGGGAUACGCCACAUUUUGGAAGCCCCAGCAAUGUAUACUUACAGUGUUUUCAUAAAAAGAAAUUUAUGUACCCAAGGGAAUCCUCUGCCUCAGUGAUGUGAAAAACCCUGUUGCCUGAAGUCAAAGAGGUACUUCUUGAUUUCUGAUUUGCAUGUGCUUGUUUCGAUGAGUUUUCCAUGAGGGGGAUAGCAAGCAAGCAAGGAAUGCUGAUAAUCCCUUAGGUGUGCAAAGCUCCUGCUUCAGUAGAUUUAGUCCCUGGAUUUCACGUGGAACGUAGACGACUAUUCUGGGCGGUGACGGCUGAGGCAGCGUACGUGGGCCCAGCAUGCAUGCGUUUUUGUAUUCAUCUCAUUACUUAGGUGUGCUGUAGAGCACUUAAUCUCACCCAAGGAACCCCCACAUCUUUAGCCUUAACCAGUAUGACUCUCUUGACACUCACAGAGCCAGUCCUUCUGCUUGAACGUCAGACAGUUUGGGUGAGCCCGUCAAACUAGCAUCCACGGUCCUUGCCCGGCUUUACCCGGGCCUCGUAAACAUUCCAGAUUUUCAGCCUCCUACAAUUUACUCUAUAUUCACAUUUGGAAAAUUCGGUGUCCUUUUAAAGCACAGUGUGUCCCCGACUUCUGCAUCCAAAUGUGACUUUGGAGCCACUUUCCACUUCAACUGUAGGCAGAAGGAGAGCACAGGCGACCGUUGGGGGGCAGAGAUCUGAUUUUCAUCUACUAGAGAAAAAUGAAAUUAAGACAUUUAAAUGAGUUUUCAAUUGUAAGUAUCCCAGGGUGAAUUUAAUAAUGAAACCUCUUCAUUUAGAAAGCUAGUGCAACACUUGUACACCAAUAAUUAUUUAGUGUCAUUGUUUUAUGUAUUCUUGUUACCUCUUAUUGGCUAAUGGAAUGACGUUUGAUUUUUUUUUUUCAUUAAAAAAAUUGCUUGCUGAGAAAUCUGCAUGAAAUACGGUUUUUGAUUUUUAGAGAAACUGAGGAGGGGGGCAAAAGUCACACCGUCAAACUGCUUGCUCCUCUUUGCAAAGAAGACCCUUCAAGGAUCCAGUGAAUCUGAGUGUUGGGAACCAGAACCCCAUUUUUCCCCAUUAUUCAAAAAUAGUAUCUGAUGACUUACACACUGCUUGAAUAACUAGACUGUGCAUAUUUAACUAUGGUUUCUUUCCUAGCCUUAUACAAAAUUAACAUUUUCUUGAAUAGUCUUGUACAUAGAUUUUUAACUCGAUGCUAUACCUUUGGGAUUAAUUUGAGUGUCUGCGUGUGUGCAUGCUGUACCACUGCUUUAUUCCUCUUGUUUUUUUUUCCUUUCUUUUGUCUCUAUCUUUAUAAUUGGAAUUUGAGAAUCAUCUAUUACCUAUGAUGAUCUAGGCCCACUGGCAGGUUUUGUUACACGGAACCCAUCCAUUUUGAGCAAAGAGUUAAUGAACUUUUAAGGUGAGGUUCACACUGGUCCUGACCCUCCUGGUAAUUUUUCAUAUAAGGUUACUGGUGGGAGAGAAAUCAAAUUUCUCCUGUGAACUUGAUUGACAGGUGAGAGCAAGCAAGAGAAAGGCAUUCGGUCAGAUGGGGAAUCUGCGGGAGGUGGACAAUUCCUCUGAGUUACUCCGUGAUAUUAGAUAUUAUAAGCGGAUAUAUGAAAAGUUCAAUACUUGAUACUCUUGGGAGAGUUACUUAGUGUAUAUUCAGAAAGUCACUUUGGCUAAGGGAUUUUAGUAGUGAAAGCCCCAAAUGGAGACCUGCUAGCCUUCUUCUCUCUUGCUAAUUUCCGCUACGUACAGCUUCGUGGCUUAUUUCUGGCAAUUUUCUAGAGUAUGAAAAUUAAACCGCAAACCAUUUGGGGAGCUGUAUAAUUACCUUUCAUUUAUUCUCAGAAACACAGUCUAGAUUAUAUUAUGGUUUUUCGGCAUGUUGCAAAAUAUCCCUCCUAAGUGGCAUCAUAAAAAAGAUUAAGUUCUUCUUUUCUGUAGCAUCCCUUGAUCCUCACUAACAUUUUCCAUCAGCGCAUGUUACAGCCUAACAUACACAAAUCUACCCAGAUGCAUGACUUAUCAAGGUUGUGCCUUCUAAGGAAGGUCUUCUCACAUGAACCUCUGUGGAGGCAACCGCAAAAUUUUCCACGGUAGCAUCCUGGUUGCUGUGAUGUUAAGAUCUUCGCCAUGGAAACAAGUGAUGAUGUUGCUUGACCCUAAUACCAAGGGUGCCUUCGGAAUCCACCUUAGGGGCCGUUCCUCGCUUAAAUUAACACAACUGGCCCUGUGUUACACCAACGUUGAAAGUGGCCUUCAAGACAUGUUCUUUCAUCUUGUGUGCUGAACACUAGUUUGGAAGGUGGUGACGGAUCUUGGCCUGCUCAUGUCUAUGCUCUGCCCAUUUCAGAUGUUCCUGACAGUGGCUAAGACCCAUCCGGAUGCAACCAAGCCUUACAGAGCUGCCUCGGGGCAGGGCAGGUGGGACAAAUACUUAGGGGAGAGGCCCAUUUGUAGCUUUCCUGUCGCCUGUGGGAGAAGCUGAUGGAACUUGUAUAAAUAGCACUUCCUGGGUUCUAAGUACCCAUCAGUUUGUUUGUUUGUUUGUUUUCUCUCCCUCUCUCUCUAGUCUUACAAUUAGCUGAGUGAACAUGUUUUAUCCUGACUGUACCCAUGCCAAUAUGAAUCCCAACAAAUGUAAGGAAGGCUUCAUUGUUUUAUGAACUGGGAUAAAAACAAAACAAAACAAAAACAGAACAAAAAAACCAGGAAAAGUAUUCAGAAAUCUUGUUUUUAUUUUGUAUAACUUGACCUCCCAUAUUGCCCGUAAUCAUCCAGAGAAAUAAAACGCAAGCAUGGUUCCCCGACGCCUGGUGUCAAUGUGGGUGCCUUAGCACGGCUAUUUAACUCAAACAGAAAAUUACAUCUGUCAUAACCGUGUUUCCGUUUCAGAGCCCAUCAAAUAUUUUAACAGAAAUGGUGAAUCAGGUGUUGUCAUGCAAAGGACAUAUGAAAACACACAGACUGUAAGUUCCAGAUUCUUGGUGCCUCAGUUUAGAGAGCUCAAGUGAGAACAGUGGCUGGUCUUGACUCUGUCUUCAUUAUAGGCCCCUCGGGGCUUCUCAAAACCUAGUUUCUCCCGUACAUCCUCCAUCCCCCACGGCAGCAAGGAGCUGAAUGCUGUCCGGUAUGCUGAUUUGGAGCGAACCCUUCCAUCACAAGUUCCAUGAGCAUGUCUUAAGAAAAUUACGUCAACAUAUUUGUUGGCACUGAGAAAAAAAGGCGGGGGGCGGGGGGAGAGAAUAAUUUCAUUUCAAGUGUUUAUUAUGCGGACUUACCUAAUUGUUUGUUGUUGUUUGUUUAUUUAGGUCAUGCUCCCACACAACCACCAACCAUACCCCCUUCCCCUAGUCUGCCUACUGUUUUUCUUUCGGUGGGCGCUGGCUGGCUACUGAGCUGAUUUAAUCAAUUAAUUAUAGCAGAGCAGGUGCAGGGUAACUACCCGGAUGAUGCCAUAUGAAGUCAUAUUUUCAGUGAGCCCUAGCAUACAACUGAAGGGGCAACUUAAAGAAAGAACACAUUAAGAGAGGAAAAAAGGAAGAAGGAGUUUUGGUAAAAUCACAGUGCUCAUUACUUAACACCAAGCGAUGCUCCUGAAAGAGUGUCUGUGCUAAAAAGCACUCGUUCAGUCUACCAGAAGGCCAGAUUUACUGCUGCCGUUCACAGACGCCAAUACCGAGACCCUCAUCACCUGCCUGUUGCUGAGUCUUCCGUUUCCUCCAUCCAAAAAUUGCUGUAAAGUUGUUGUUCAGUGUCUGCAUUUUGGGGUUUUCCUGGCACCUAAUGAAAUUAUCGGCAAUAAAUGAGCUAAGCAGAA